CAGAAGUGACAAUUAAAGUGAUAUAGACCGUUGAAGAGAUGGAUUCGGAAAUGGAGAUACAAAACUUUUUCAAUUGCACUCAGCACAUACUUGGCCACGAUAUAUCGUGGGAGAAUCUCAAUGUGUCGCAAAUGCUGGAUUUGUUGCCCAAACAGUUACUAGAAGAUGUAAAUUUGAAAGUGACGCUCGGUAACUGCAUGGGCCUAGGCAGAAGACCGUACAGCCCGCCGUGGUGGGGUCAGUUCGCCUGGUUCAUUGUAUUCGCAGUAAUGCUUUUACUCGCGAUAGUCGGAAAUACAUUAGUUAUUUGGAUAGUACUCGCCCAUCGACGGAUGAGAACCGUGACCAACUGUUUUCUGGUUAAUUUGGCUGUUGCUGAUCUUCUAAUGGCAACAUUAAAUGGAGCUCCGAAUUUUGUCUUUUUGGUGACAGCCAAUUGGCCUUUCGGUUCAGUUACCUGCAGAGCUAGUAACUUCACAGCUAACUUGACUGUAUCGGCUGGAGUUUUCACUCUUGUAGCCAUUACAGUUGAUAGGUACGUGGCUAUAGUGAAACCCUUACAACAUAGGCUCAGUAGAAGAGUUGCGCGCGCAGUACUAUUCAGCGUGUGGUGUUCUAGCAUUUUACUAGCCUUACCUACUCUGCUUUAUUCGGACACCUAUACCAAAAAAUACAUAAAUGGCGAGCGAGAGAUAUGUUUUAUCAAAUGGCCCGACGGCAGUUACCCAACUUCUAAGACAGAUUACUGCUACAACUUAGUAUUCUUAUCUGUGACGUAUGUGGUCCCUAUGUCGGUGAUGGUGUGGGCGUACGCUCAAAUGAGCUUGGCACUGCGGGGUCAUGGCAUCGGAGAGUGCACGCAAUACCAAAUGCAGAUUGUCCGCGCCAAAAGAAAGGUGGUGCGUAUGUUUGUGUUGGUUGUGGUGGUCUUUGCUAUGUGCUGGUUGCCGUACCACGCGUACUUCGUACUGAUGUACCACCACCAGUCAUUGGCCUCAGCACCAAUCGCGCAGCACAUUUACCUAGCUUUCUACUGGCUAGCCAUGGCUAAUUCUAUGUUCAACCCUUUGAUUUACUAUUGGAUGAGCAACAAGUUUAGAGUUUACUUUCGGAUGGCACUUUGUUUGUGUCGGUCGGUGAAAAAUUCGACGCCCGAUCAAUUAACAAAACAAUUCGAAUUGAACAAAUCUCUCUCUGUGAGCCAGAGACAUUUUCACGGGGCGUCGUCGUGUUCGCGGGCCUGACACUCGGACAGACGGUGCAAGCUGUCCCGAUCAAUGACAC